CGAGAUGCACAAGAAAAUCUUUAACUUGAUCUCAAUAGAGAAGAUUUUUAUUUUAUUAUUCUGGAAUGAACAGUACAGUGUCUAGGAACCAUUGAUUUUUUUUUGAUGAUUCCUCCUAUGAUGAAGUUAAACCAAAUGCGGACUUUGAUCAUGCGACUAAAUGAAGGACCGUAGAGUCCUUAUUUUAAGCAGCACUCAAGAAUCAUCGAUCUUCAUAUCUCGGAUCUCACAAUACUGAUCAAGCCCACGUAAAUUCGCACCUGGAUGUUUAGUAAAUAGGCGAACAAAGCGUAUUAUUGUGUCGCAAUUCGCCAGACUUUCCACUCUACUGACCUUGUUUCGAGUAACGGGGACAAUUCGCGAAUUAGCGAAUUGCGUAUCCGUAAUAAUAGGCCCUUCGCUCGGGGAAUAUGUAAUAGUGAAUUACGAUGUGUUAAGUGUAAAAAGCGCCGAAGAAGUGACAACCGACAGAUCGAUAACGCGGUAAAGCUUCCGCGAUCGAUAUCUUCGAAUAGAGGUGCAAUGGUGCGUUGCACUUGCGGAGAAUCGUCUUCUUCGACAGCGGUGAUGAUGUCAACAGUGAUGGAACGAUCUGUCUACAUCUUACAUCUGUACGAUUACAAGUGCAUUGAGCGCAAUGUCAGGGCGGCCGUUCGCCUCCGGUAGCGAUCGAGCGCGAUUGACGAAGAAGCGCGAUAUUCGAGAAAAAAAUUCAACGAAAAAAUCGUCAACGAUCUAUUGUGAUUCGCGUAAGUUUAAAGAUCAAUGGCGCCCAAUAGCUCGGCGCUGUUCACGCACGAUUGUUCGACGUCCACGAGGGAGAGUCGAUUGUGACGACAUCACGAACGUUAUCUCCGUAUCAAAUGCGUCUGACGUGUGCCGGAGUAUUCAUCUGAGUGUUUUAUAUCGAUUGAAAUACGCAAGUUUAAUUCGCGAAACGGGGCAGAAGUGACGUUCGCUGUGCUGUGCCGUGAGUGGAACGCCAAUAAUUCGCGAUGCUACCCAAGAAGGACAAUCAGACAGAACCGUACGUUCUGGAAGACAUGAUAUCGGAUCUUCAGGCGAGGAGACACUCGUUGGAUCACGAGGACGUUGUGCAGGACCCCACCGAGCUACUGAAGCAACGCGAGAGAGACCUCGUCUUGGCCGCUGAACUCGGCAAAGCUUUGCUCGAGAGGAAUCAAGAGCUAACGAAGCAGGCCGAGGCCUUAGCUGAGGAAUAUUCCACCAAAUUGGAAAGUUUAGAGCAAGAAAGGCAUCUAUUGCGAAGGAAACUCGAGGAAGCUAGAGAUGACAGCGAAGCAAGAGCCUUAGAGCUUCAGGGCGACGUGCAAGCCCUCAGAAACCAGUUGGAGGAGCAAAAUGAGAGGGCAAGGAGGGCGGAACGCGAUCAAGCCGCUCUCGUUGCGGAAUUGACGGCGCAAAACACAAGACUGGCCGAUCAGCUGAGAGAGGCUGCCAGACAGGAAGAGCAAUUGCUUGCCGAGAUGAAAGUCCUGAGGGAAAAAUGCGCUCUCAGGAGUACGACCCUGCAGGAUCACGUCAGCAGCUUGGAGAUUCUCAGGGACGAGGUACAACUAGUAUCGGCACAAAGAACCGAGCUAGAAAGGCGAUCCUUGGAACUGCGAGAGGAGAGGGCCAGGGCGGUCGCAGCUCUCGAGGAAGCCGAGGAGAGAGCCGCGGCCUUGGAACGGCUCAGCCACGAGGCGGAACACCGUGCGAGAGUGGCCGAGCAAGAGAGGGACGAAUUGUCAUCGGCAUUGGCAGCCAUCGAGGCAGAAAGAAGGGUCCGCUCCGGUUCGAUACAAAAGCCACCGCGAUCUCUACAGGCAGAGAUGGAAUGUGAAGAGACUGGCAGCUCGUUGGAAGAACAGGAAGACGGAAGUUUGAAGACGGAAAUGGCGAGGGCGACAAAGAGGCUGAGGGAGUUGUGUGCUCAUUUAAGACGAGGUGAAGACGAUUCGGGUCUGCAGAGCGACUGCGACGAAUCUAUGCUGGUGAUCAAUCUCAACAACUCCGAGCCAGAAGUGAACACCGAAGGACGAGAAGCUCACUCUUCGCCGACGAAUUGUCCAGGCGCGCUGCUGGAGCUGGUCGAGGAGGUUUAUAAUCUUGCGUUGUCGGGCAGAGGGGCACCUGGUGAACUUGGAUUGGCGGUGGAGCUGCACAGGGUACGGGAGGAAUUAGAGCAUUCACGGGAGCAGUGCAGGAUACAGGAGGAAGAGCUGAAACGACGCGGUGAUACGAUUCUGGAACUGACGAGCAAACUUAGCGUUUGCGAGGCGGAGCUGCGCGGAGUCAAGGAGGAACGCGACCGAGCCAGGUGCGAUAUCGAGCACUCUGAAUUGACAAAAGACGAGAUUGUGGCAAAGGCUUACAAGGUGCGGGAUCAGGCAGUAGCCAGGCAAAACAGGGUGGAAGUGGAACUGGCCAGAACACGAAUAGACAUCCUGCAGGCGGACAGUCAGCUGAAGGAGGCGAUCAAGCAGAAAGUCGAACUGAGUCAGCAACUGGAACAAUGGCAGAUGGAUAUGCAAGCGCUCCUGGACGAACAUGUGCGAAGCAAACUGACUCCGACUUCGCAAAUCGUCGCCACGAGAAACGGCGAGAACUCGGAUAUGUCGGCUCCGGCCAGGAAGAAGAGGAGCACCGGCCCGGCGAAGAAGAUGUUCGGUCUGUUUUGACGAAAGUGACGUAAUCGCGAUAGCUUCCUUGCAUUGAACUAAAGCGAUCGCGAUUAAUGUAAACUGUAACUUUUGGUUCCUGCACAGUUAUAGAAAAAGACAUAAAAUGGAGAGAGAAAAGAUAGUGCGAAUUUAGGAAUAUUUACUAUUUUAAAUACGAUUAAAUAUGAACACUCAGCUCAAUUAUGACGAAGAGAGGAAGAAUAUUUCAGAUUAUCUUCUACCAUUCUUCGAAAGUCAUUCUAAAUGACUUUAUUCUCAUGGCUCUCGCGUUACAUGGACAGAAGUCGAAUCUGGAUUAAUCCUAAACUGGCGAUACUGCAAUUAAAAAGACUAAGAUUAAUGGCUCUCGAAUUAGAUGCAUAUGGACUUAAGGGAUUUGCCCUGAGAUAAAACAUUGGAAUAUGUAGGUGCAUGACAUUUAUGUUACAAAUGUUUAUAUACUCAUGAUGAAACAUCUCUGGGAGUCUAUUAUAUCGAUGCUGAUGCCCGCGUGUCGACACCGAUUACAAAUCGAAAUUUAAGUGACGCAUAACAUUCCACUUUCUCUAGUCGAUUUUUCAACCAGGGAAAGUCAUGAAUCGCGAUUCUUCUCGAAUCGUUCUCGCACGAAAUUAUUGCGAAUGUAUUUUUCAUCUUCAACUUGAGAUUAGUCGCGGUUUUUACGUGAAAUUUUUUAUCAAGCAGCUCGAUCGAUGUAAUUCAUCAUAAACUGUUAUUACUGAUCAUUUAAAUUCGUCGACUGUUGAUGCAAAAAAUACUAAUGGCAUAACAUUUUACAUUAUGCUGCUAUGUGGAAGCAAGAUACAUAACUCUAUUUUAUAAAAAAAUAGAAGAUUCUUGUCAAUGUUUUCUCUUCAAGGAAUUGAAAUUUAUAUAUAAAAUUAAUUUAAAAAAUAUUAACUAAUUAAAAUAUUAAUAAAUUACUUUUCUUCAAAAAGUAAUUAUAUAUAUAUGUUUUUAAUUCUGAAACUUUAUUUUUGCAAAUAUUUUUCUAAUUUUUUAAUUUCGUCUUUAUCGUAUUUUAUUUUUAUUCCUAAAGAUUCGAGCGAUCAUAGCUUAUGAUCGAGCUUUACUAAAGAUAAUAUUGAUUGGUCACGACUCUUACUUCAGACAGAAAAAAAAAUUAACUAUCGAAAGGUGACGAAAGAGUGUAAAGGAUUAAUGUAUCCCGGCUAGUCUCGAACGGUUUCGGUGAUUAGGGUCGAAGCGCAGCCGCUUUUUCUCUCGCACGAGAACGCGUCGCGUAAUUCUCAUCAUCGUGGAACGAACCAUUCUCCACAGCAAAAACGAUCUUUGCGGAACUAUUCCUUUUCGAAAUAACAUAAAUCAACUGAUCGGAUGACGAAGCGCGAACGAAGUCACUCGAGUUAUUUGUAUUCCGCUUCUUCCGUGAUAUAAAGAGAUAUCGAAAUACUAUUAAUACGAAACAUUGUGAUAUGCUAUGUGGCUUAUAUUAGAAUCGAAAGAGAAUCCUUUCCAAAAAUAUUGUGCAUCAUUGUUACUUCAUUAUGCAAAUACGUUAUCAUGUUUUUGAAGCAAUGCUCGUGUUAAAAAAAAAAAAUUAAAAUAUUUUAAAUUCUAUCAAUAGAUUAAAUUGCGAAUAUUAAUAACAAUGCAAAAGAAUUAUAAGACUUCGAAAUGAUAAAUUGGUAUAUCUAUUACGCAUAUGAAAGUGAUUCUGCACAUAUUUGGAUGACUGAUUGAAUUAUCACGAUGACAACGAAUAAUCGCUAUCCGUCCAUCGUUCCGUCCAACGGGACCAAUGAAUUAUUCGCGAUACAUCGAAAAAAAAAAUUGAGAAAAAGGAUUUAGAGAUAAAAGUCGAUCGAACCAUCCGUGAUCUCUGAUAUUUUAACAUAACGAUAGUGCAAUAUCACUGGAAGGUUUUUACGAUAUUAAACAAUGACUGUGUGUGUGUGUGUGUGCGAGUGUGCAACGAUGCUCCUUAAGGAUCCUAUACUUCAUACUUUAAACUCUAGCAAAUGAUCGACUUUAAGGCCACAACAAUGAUGCGAUACGCGUUUUACAGCACGUGAGAUUUUUCACGUGUAAGCAUUGUAUAAACACGCGUACAUGGCAUCGCAAAUGUAGAAUCGUUUGUACAUUAGUUCUUUUUCCCCGAAUGUGAGCAUAUACACACCGUCGAAACUGUAUAAUAAUUGUACAAUUUUCGAUCUGAUCAAUUGUGGUGACGAUAUUUAUUUAAUAAAAUCUGUUUUGCGAA